GAGCGCCACACACUACGAGGGAACCCCAUCAGCUGGAAGUAGAGUAUCAUUACAACUCUUCACGCUCAGCAGACAUCGUGUUCGUCCACAAAUAACUAAAAAUUCAGCGACAUAGUCCGAAUUGGAUUUAUUAAAUGCGCAGUUGGCGAAUACACAGCGGAAAAGAACAACGGAUCUUAAAAAGCGAAGUGUUUGGAAGAACCGCGGACUCGAAGCUGGAGAGGAAAGCAUGGAGUAUUUCAUGGUACCAGCUCAGAAGGUGCCCUCCUUGCAACAUUUUAGAAAAACGGAAAAAGAAGUCAUAGGAGGCUUGUGUAGUUUAGCAAACAUCCCCCUCACACCAGAGACAGCACGGGACCAGGAAAGACGCAUUCGCAGGGAGAUCGCGAAUAGCAAUGAGCGAAGGCGCAUGCAGAGCAUCAACGCUGGCUUCCAGUCCCUCAAAACACUCAUACCACAUAGUGAUGGAGAGAAGUUGAGCAAAGCUGCCAUCUUACAGCAGACUGCAGAAUAUAUUUUCUCUCUGGAGCAAGAAAAGACACGACUACUGCAGCAAAAUACGCAGCUAAAGCGCUUCAUACAGGAAUUCAGUGGCUCAUCUCCAAAGAGAAGGCGUGCAGAGGAGAAGGAUGAAGGAAUAGGUUCUCCAGAUAUUCUAGAGGAAGAGAAGGUGGAGGACCUGCGACGAGAAAUGAUUGAACUCCGCCAACAACUGGAGAAAGAACGCUCUGUGCGCAUGAUGCUAGAGGAACAGAUUCGCUCAUUGGAUGCCCAUCUAUACCCUGAGAAAUUGAAGGUGAUUGCCCAGCAAAUGCAGGAGCAACAUGUGCAGACGCAGACUCUGAUUCGCCUGCAACACCAGGAACAGUUGGAGAAAGAGAGCACUUCUGCCCGCAGCACACAGGUAUAUUCUCCAGCUACACCAUCUGCUCCCACUCAUCACACCACUGUUAUUGUUCCUGCCCCUGCAUUGCCACCUCCACCACAUCAUGUCACAGUGGUUACUAUGGGCCCUGCCUCUGUAAUCAACACAGCUUCAACAUCACGACAGAACUUGGACACCAUAGUGCAGGCUAUCCAGCACAUUGAAGGCACACAGGAGAAGAUGGGUGUGCCUGAGGAAGAGCAGCGUCGGGCAGUUAUUGUCACUCCAAUCCGUGUUUUGAAUGACACCGCAGACUCUGACACUGCCUCUGACAAUGAAGGUUCUGAGGACUGUUAACUGCACCAGGCAAAUGGGGUGGCCAUAAGGAGGGGCCUCCUAAAGACUCUUUCUCACUCCCUCUCAUUACCUUUUUCUCAUAUAGGCAUACAAAUGCAUAGGGUAGGAAAUGGCGUAGUCAAAGGUUCAAAGAACAAAAAAAAUAAAUAAAUUAGCAAACAUAACAUCUCACCCACAUGCACACAUGGACUUGUACUCUCACUUUCAUACAGUGCACUAGAUUAUUUGAUCACUUUUGCCCAUGAUGUGCAUCCUUCCAUAUUUCAGACAUUUUGUUACAAAAUAAUGUUGAUACAUGCAUUAUAUUGAAAUGAAACCACCACAGUCAACUGUCUCAUAUGGCCAACAUUCCAAGUUCUCCCACUAUUGACAUCUCUUCUCUGGAAUGGACAGUCACCCCUGUAAAUUUAUUCUGGAGAAACUCAUACCUACCAACCUGGUCAUCUCACACCUUUGACUGUUUACUGAAUCUUUUGAUUACUCCAAACAUCCCUUCAUUCUUUCUUUUUGACUUAGAGAGGCUUUAUAGCACCACUGUGAGCUGUUGUUUGACUUCAAAAGCUGAAUGUACUAUUUCAUUUACUUAUUAAGGGAAAUAACAUGACUACAGCUGUCAUGUGAAUUCAUUUAUGGUGCCUCUGAUCCCAUAGCAAUGCUCCAAUGGAGCAGGAAAAUCCAAUGCCGCACAAAAAUCAUUACAGAUUUGUGUAGGUUGUAAAAUACCUUUUGGAGGGAGGGGGCAGAAUGAGCACUAGUUAUAAUACUGAGCUGGGCUGGGUUCCCAGUACAAUAAAGUUCUGUAGACAAUGCAGCCCUAGCACCACAUCAAACUCCAACACUUAUUUUUGUUGUUCCCAAUGCUGGCCUAAUGUUUUGUCUAUUUUUUUUUUCUUUUCACAAUUGAAUAAGCUAAACAGUAGGUGCUCUACAGAGCAUUGUAUUUGCCUUGUGUGGAUGAAUUUGCAAGGAGCAAACAUGCUAUGCUGGCAUCAGCUGGCAGUAUAAUUAGCAAAUUUCUCAAGGCCCAUGAGCACUCUAUGCAGCUCCUUCAACUGCCAUCUGCAUGUGUAGCCGCUUUAGGGUAAUUUGAAGAAGCCUGUCUGUUCUCAAUGUUUUAUUCAAUUCUGUGACUUAUGCUGUUGGUAAUGGCAAUGCUGAAAGCUUUUUUUCUUACUUUAUUUUUGUUUUUAAAAUACAUCUACACACUUGCUCUAUGCAUUCAGUAGUCUGUUCUGCUUGUUGGAAUGUUUUUUAUUUAUGUUUUCAUUUUCUUUACUUUUCAGUGUGUGAUGCAUAUUGAUGCAUGUGCACAUGACCGAUAAUCCUAUGGAGCUUUAGGUCAUGUAAUUAAAGCUGGAUUGUUGCAUGGGCUUUCUUAUACAUCCUUAUGGUUGGAGAAUGUGGAGUAAUGGUGUAGACUGUAUUGCAUCUUAUUUAGGUGUAUAGAGAGAGCAGUGGUUUGAAGUUGACUUGCAGCUCAAAAGGUUACUAAUUACAAGCCUUGCCCCAUCCUAUUUUUUUCUCUCCCAUGGCACUAUGGCAUUAAAAUGGGUGGUGAUUUAAAACAUUCCAGAAUGUCUAGCACCAUGGUUGUGUUUCUCCGUAUUUUACAUAUUUAGGAACAGAUGUGACAAAUCUGUGUGUAAAUUUGACAAACAAAUUAUGCUUGCUCCAGUGUUACAGGGGAAUCACUUGCUGUUUGACAUAUUGCUUUUCCUUUGGGCUUUAUCAAAUGCAUGUUGGCUUUCUCUGGCCAUCUCAGUCAUGAUUGAGUGUUGACUGCUAAGAAACAGGGCUUCUAAAAGAAUGGGCCUAUCAGAUCAUAGCUGGAGUUGAGGCACGAGUAUAAAUAUACUUUUUUAUUAUUAUUAUUAUUAUUAUUCAAAUGAUGGUUAGCUUGGGUUAUGAAGACUUGUCUUUUAUAAGUUCUUUUUUUUUAUGGCUGUAUAUAUAUAUAUAUAUAUAUAUAUGUAUAUACAUACACAUACAUACAUACAUACACACACACACACACACACACACACACACACACACACACACACACACACUCAUACUCACACUCGCACUCAAAAGCUCAGAGGUUCCUUUAAACUCAGCAAUUUCUCUAUUAAAGCCACAGGGUGUAUCUGCCUUUUUCUUCUUUUUUUGUAUUUUAAUUUUAUUUUUUUUUAUUUUAUUUUUUAAACCUAAUACAUUCAGAUGUCUGUAAAAAAAAAAAAAAAAAAAAAACAAACAAAAAAAAUACUGUACAAAAGAAGACUGUCAGAGAAAUGUGUAUGUGAGGGUUUAACAAAUAGUGUAUAAAAUUAUGGAUCUAAAGCACUUAAUUUUUUAAGAGAUGCCUACUACAUUAAAGCUAUUGGUGCUGUGAGUCCAAACCACGCAGCUGUUGAACCCUUCAUGACUAUUUGUAUGUCUCCAUCUUCAAAGACUCUAGCCAUCCCCCAUCUUUUCCUUCUUUUUCAUUGGUCAACUCAUUUUUUUUCUGUCCCAUUUGGUUUUGAGAAGCUGUUAUUUUGUUCUCAUUAAAAAAAAAAUGGGGAAAAUAGGCAUGUGCCUUUGUAAAGACAGAAGAAUAAAGUUUGUACUUCGUUUUUUACAAA